AUGUUUUUACGAGAGGAGCAGAAGAUGAGUAGAUCUGUGGGGCCAGUGUCAUUCAGGGAUGUGGCCGUGGACUUCACCCAGGAGGAGUGGCAGUAUCUGGAUCCUGAGCAGAAGACCACCUACCGGGAUGUGAUGCUGGAGAACUACAGCCACCUCGUCUCUGUGGGCUGUCACAUUAUCAAACCGGAAGUUAUCAUCAAGUUGGAACAAGGAGAAGAGCCAUGGAUAGUAGAAGGAGAAUUCCUACCACACAGUUACCCAGAAGAAGUCUGGAAAGCCGAUGACCUGGUUGAAAGGGUCCAGGAGAAUGAAGGCAAACACUCAAGGCAAGCUGUGUCCAUCAACAAAACCCCGACUGAAGAGAGAGGUAAUGUUCUCGGUAAGACUUUAAAUGUGGAAACAAACCCCAUUCCUUCAAGGAAAAUGUCCUAUAAGUGUGGCUCAUGUGAAAAGAGUUUGAAGUCCAUUUCAGAAUAUAUCAGUAGUGAUGGCAGCUAUGCAAGAAGGAAGCCUGACGAAUGUGGUGCGUGUGGGAAACCGUUUCCCCGUGUGAAGCUUGAGAAAACUCAUCAAGGAGACCAAUCUUACGAAUUUAAUCAAAGUGGGGGAGCUUAUAGUCUAAACGAAGAAAGUAUUUAUCAGAACAUUCAUAUUUUGGGGAAACCCUUCGAAUAUAUUGAAUGCCAGAAAGCCUUUCAGAAGGAUCCAGGUUUUGCUAACCAUAUGGAGGAGAAGCCCUAUAAGUGGAAUGAAUCCGAAAUAGCCUUUCUUCAAAUGUCCAACCUCAGUGUACACCAGAGGUCUCACAUGGAAAUGAAGCCCUACGAAUGCAGUGCAUGUGGGAAAUCCUUCUGUAAAAAGUCAAAGUUUAUCAUACACCAGAGGACUCACACAGGAGAGAAACCUUAUGAAUGUAAUCAGUGUGGGAAAUCCUUCUGCCAGAAGGGAACCCUCACCGUCCAUCAGCGCACACACACAGGGGAGAAGCCCUACGAAUGUAACGAAUGUGGGAAAACCUUCUACCAGAAGUUGCACCUCAUUCAGCAUCAGAGAACUCACUCAGGAGAGAAGCCCUACGAAUGUAGUUACUGUGGGAAAUCCUUCUGCCAGAAGACCCACCUCACACAGCACCAGAGAACACAUUCAGGAGAGAGACCCUAUGUUUGUCACGACUGUGGGAAAACCUUCUCGCAGAAGUCAGCACUGAACGACCACCAGAAGAUUCACACGGGCGUGAAACUCUAUAAGUGUAACGAGUGCGGGAAGUGCUUCUGCCGCAAGUCUACUCUCACCACACACCAGCGCACGCACACCGGGGAGAAGCCCUACGAAUGUAACGAGUGCGGGAAGUUCUUCUCUCGGCUGUCCUAUCUCACCGUGCACUACAGGACUCACUCGGGAGAGAAGCCCUACGAAUGUAAUGAGUGUGGGAAGACCUUUUACCUGAACUCCGCCCUCAUGCGGCAUCAACGAGUGCACACCGGGGAGAAGCCCUACGAAUGUAACGAGUGCGGGAAGCUCUUCUCUCAGCUGUCGUACCUCACCAUCCACCACAGGACUCAUUCAGGAGUGAAGCCCUACGAAUGUAACGAGUGUGGGAAGACCUUCUACCAGAACUCGGCCCUUUGCAGGCACCGGAGAAUCCAUAAAGGAGAGAAGCCCUACGAGUGUUACAUAUGUGGGAAGUUCUUCUCUCAGAUGUCGUACCUCACCAUCCACCAUCGGAUCCAUUCAGGAGAGAAACCGUAUGAAUGUAACGAGUGUGGGAAAACCUUCUGCCAGAAUUCAGCCCUUAAUAGACAUCAGAGGACACACACGGGAGAGAAAGCCUAUGAGUGUUACGAAUGUGGGAAGUUCUUCUCCCAGAUGUCCUAUCUCACCAUCCACCAUCGCAUCCACUCGGGAGAGAAGCCCUUUGAAUGUAACGAAUGUGGAAAAGCCUUCUCUCGGAUGUCCUACCUCACCGUGCACUACAGGACUCAUUCUGGAGAGAAGCCCUACGAAUGUAACGAGUGUGGGAAAAAAUUCUACCACAAGUCAGCCUUCAAUAGCCAUCAGAGAAUUCACAGGAGAGGGAGUGUGAACGUACUGGAUGUGGGAAGGCUUCUCUGA